UGAUCCACUCAGAGUAUUCCAGUGCUAAUUUCUGCUGUGAGUUUAGCCAGCUGUCAGUUCGAGUCGCUGCCUUAACAUUUAUGUUUUUUGUCAGUAUUACUCAUUAGGGAAUUUACGAAGGCGUCGUUUGUCAAAAUGCCGAAGGGAGGUAAAAAAGGUGGCCAUAAGGGCCGUAUGCGGACGUACACCAGCCCAGAGGAGAUCGACGCCCAGAUGAAAGCAGAAAAGGAGAGAAAAAAGCAAGAGCAAGAUCAAGAUGACAAUGAUGCGGGUGCAGCUCACACUGACACAGUAGAGGACAAGCUUCCAGCAUCAGGAUCAGAUGACAGUGAUGAUGAAGCUUCUGAGAGGAAGCGAACUGGUGUGGAGGGCUUAAUACAAAUUGAAAACCCCAACAGAGUGGCUCAGAAAUCUAAGAAGGUGACGCAGAUUGAGUUGGAUGAGCCCAAGCAAUUAUCAAGGAGAGAAAGAGAAGAGAUUGAAAAGCAAAAAGCGAAGGAGCGCUACAUGAAGAUGCAUUUGGCAGGGAAGACAGACCAGGCCAAAGCUGACCUCGCUCGCCUCGCCAUUAUCAGGAAACAGAGAGAGGAGGCAGCAAAAAAGAAAGAAGAAGAGAAGAAAGCAAAAGAAGCAGCGGCGGCGGCAGCUAGAGGAAUGAACUCUCUCUCCCUGAAAUGAUGCAGAGUAUUUAUCAGAGGCAUUUUCACACAUUCAUGGACUCGCGCAAUAUAUAUUUGACUAUUUUUAAAGGAAGAGCUAUGAAGAUUAUUUCACAUAACUGUAUCAUACGACCAUUUGGGAAAUGGCUGAGGAGACCCCGUGGAAGACGGGUCAUGUAUAUUUUGGCAUGGAAUAAUUGCCUUGUUGAUCCUGCCAGGAAGUAAAGCUACAGUUGAGAAUACAUCGGUCUUCACGUACACCUGGAAUAACCGAUGAGCUUGUACAUGAUAUUAAUAAUGAUAUACUUAUCACUGUACAAUUGUACCAACCUUGCUAACUGAGCUUUGCCACUAAGUUUUUUGGGAUCUUACAUUGUAUAUAACAGAGUCAUGAAAAUAUUUCAGAUUAAUAUGAUGAAACUGGUCAAA